UGCCUUAGGGGCACUAUGGAGGAUAAUAGCUUAACAGAGCACAUUAUAUCCUUACACAGAGGGAAUUGCAGACCAAUAAGGUUUGAACCACCAAUGCUGGAUUUUCAUGAACAGCCCGUGGGAAUGCCAAAAAUGGAAAAAGUUUUUUUACACAAUCCUAGUUUAGAAGAAACUAUUAGUUUAGUAUCAAUAUCAGCAACAACAUCACAUUUUCAUGCAUCAUUUUUUCAAAAUAGGGUAAUAGUGCCCGGAGGGAAUACGUCAUUUGAUGUGGUGUUUCUCGCAAGGGUAGUGGGAAACGUAGAAAAUACAUUAUUUAUUAAUACCUCUGAUCAUGGGGUGUUUACCUAUCAGGUGUUUGGAGUUGGUAUACCCAACCCUUAUCGACUGCGCCCAUUUAUUGGGGCAAGAGUUCCUGUAAACAGCAGCUUUUCACCUCUAAUUAAUAUACACAAUCCUCACAGUGAUCCUUUACAGGUAGUAGAGAUGUAUUCUAGCGGGGGAGACCUGCACUUAGAGCUUCCAACAGGUCAGCAGGGAGGCACCCGGAAGUUAUGGGAAAUCCCACCCUAUGAAACAAAAGGUGUAAUGCGUGCAAGCUUCUCUUCUCGUGAAGCAGACAAUCACACGGCAUUCAUCAGAAUAAAAACAAAUGCGUCUGAUAAUGCAGAAUUUAUUAUACUACCUAUGGAAGUAGAAGUCACAACAGCCCCUGGAAUUUACUCCUCAACAGAAAUGCUUGACUUUGGGACAUUAAGGACACAAGAUCAACCAAAAGUUUUAAAUCUCCAUCUUUUAAACUCAGGAAUGAAAGAUGUACCAAUUACUAGCAUUCGAGCAAUGCCUCAGAAUGAAGCAAUAACAGUACACUUCAAACCCAUAACAUUGAAAGCUUCAGAGAGCAAAUACACCAAAGUGGCAAGCAUCAGUUUUGAUGCAUCAAAAGCAAAGAAAUCGUCACAAUUUUAUGGCAAAAUAACAGUGAAAGCAAAAGAGAAGAGUUAUUCAAAACUAGAAAUUCCAUAUCAGGCAGAAGUAUUGGAUGGAUAUUUGGGAUUUGAUCACGCAGCCACACUAUUCCACAUACGGGACAGCCCAGCGGACCCAGUAGAAAGAGCUAUCUACCUGACAAACACUUUUAAUUUUGCAGUUCAUGUCCAUGAUGUUCUGUUGCCAGAAAGUGCAAAAACAAUGUUUAAAAUCCAGAAUUUCAGCUCACAUGUUUUAAUUCCAGCUGCUGAAUCAAGAUAUAUAUUCACAUUGCUUUUCACGCCAUCCACGUCCUCUGUUCAUAUAGAUAGCAAUAUAUUACUUAUCACCAAUGCAUCUAAAUUCCAUCUUCCUGUGCGAGCGUACACAGGCUUUCUUGAUUACUUUGUUUUACCAUCAAAACCAGAGGAACGGUUUAUAGAUUUUGGCAUCCUUAGCGCUGCAGAAUCUAGCAGACUCUUCAUUGCAAUUAUAAAUAGUAACCCCAUAGAGCUGGCCAUUAAAAGCUGGCAAAUAAUUGGAGAGGGUCUUGCCAUAGAUCUAUUAACCACAGAAAGAGGCAACAGGACUACUAUAAUUGCUAGCCUUUCAGAGAUUGAGAAUGCCACCGUGUCUGACCGUACCUCAGUUAUAUUAACUUCAGGUUAUUAUGCGGUGUUUCGAGUCACUUUAACUGCAAAAGGACUUGAAGGAUCUUUUGAUGGAGGCAUACAAAUUACAACAGAUUAUGAGAUCCUAACGAUUCCGGUAAAGGCAGUCGUUGCGGUAGGCUCAUUGACUUGCUCCCCUAAGCAGAUCGCUCUUCCACCUUCCUUUCCGGGGAAAAUGGUACAUCAAAGUUUAAAUAUUAUGAGUUCCUUCUCACAGAAGGUGAAAAUACAGAAUAUACGCUCCUUAUCGGAGGACAUGCGUUUUUUUUAUAAACGACUAAGGAGCAAUAAAGAAGAAUUAGAGCCUGGAAAAAAAUCCAAGUGCGCCAAUACUUAUUACCAUGCAACAAUUAACGCAAAUUUACACUGUUAUAUAGGCUUGCCGGCUCUCAGCAUAGAUAAACCUAAAACUCAGCAGCACUUGGCAAUUCAAGAAGAUAUAUGGGACUCUGAUUGGGAAAUUUCUGACAAUCUAUACAAAAGGUGGUUGAAAAUUGUGGAAACUUCUGGAAAUCUGCCAGGAGCUGUCUUUGAGGUUGACACUGACCUCCAGAAAAAUGUCCUUUCAGAAGUUAAAGCUGAACUUGUUUGGCCUUCUAUUGUCAGUUCACAUCGUCACUUACACUUCCCUCUGACUAACACCAACAACUCAUCAGAGGAAGAUAUUGUUUUGGAAAAUCCUUCAGAUAUCCCAGUGUAUGUGCAGAUUGUUCCCAUAGCACUUUAUUCUAACCCUUCAUUGCUGCUAGAAAGAAUAGUUGAAAGAUUCAACAUUAGUAAAUCAGAAAGUAUAGACCUGAAAACCCUUGAAUUCCAAGUAUUCAGAAAUAAUGCCAUUCCUGUGCAAACUGGUCAAGGUUUCGUGGAGGGCUCUUUUCGUCAAUCUGUUUUGAACCUUAUUUUGAAACCCGGGGAAAGGAAAAAUGUGAAAGUUAAAUUCACUCCAGUUAUGAACAAAACUGUGGGCUCAUUAUUUAUUAUCAGAAACAAUUUAACUGUGAUUGAUGUUAUUACAGUAGAUGGACAGGGUGCUAAUGAGAAUAUAAAAAUUGCUGGAAAAUCACCUGGUCCAGGAAGCUCCUUAAGGUUUAAAAUUACAGAAGCAUCACUGAAAGACUGCUCGGACAAAAUAAAGCCUAGAGAACCUAAUUUUACUUUGAAAAGGACUUUUAAGUUAGAGAACACGGGGAACCUUCUAGUCACUAUUAAGUCAAUGGAAAUAAGUGGAUAUUCGUGUGAAGGUUAUGGAUUCAAAAUUCUAAAUUGUCAAGAAUUUGCACUAAGCCCUAAUGCCUCUAAAGAAAUAGUUAUUCUGUUUACACCAGAUUUCACCUCUUCACGAGUGAUCCGAGAGCUAAAAAUUGUUACUGGUGGAGGCUCUGAAUUUGUUUUUGUGUUGAAUGCGUCCCUUCCUUAUCACAUGCUAGCAUCAUGUGCAGAGGUGCUUCCACGGCCCAACUGGGAACUAGCACUUUACGUCAUCAUCUCAGGAAUAAUGAGUUUGCUGUUUCUCUUGGUUAUUGGGACAGCUUAUUUAGAAGCUCAAGGAAUAUGGGAACCCUUCAAAAGACGUCUUUCAUUUGAGGCGUCAAAUCCUCCUUUUCACAUGGGCAGGCCUUUUGACCUCAGGAGGAUUGUUGGUAUUUCAUCUGAAAACAACUUUAAUUCGCUUUCAUCAGAUUCAAAUCACAACUCUAGCAGAGGACUUUAUGCUGGCAAUAACUCUUCCAGGGCAAGUGCUGGAAAUCAUAAGCUUUGUAAUCCUCCAUCAAACUUGCAUACUAGUAAGAGCCCCUCCGAUGUGGAAAUAAUCAGAGCAAAGAAUAGCUCCAGUACAGCAAGCAGAACAACUUUACAGGCAAAUGUUGCACAACCAGCUUGCAAAGCCCCUUCAUUUGCUCCGGAUUCAAACACAAUUGUUCAAAAUCAAACUAUAGCCAAGCGGACUCGUGGAGCAAAAAUGAGCCAGAAUGUGAUACAACCACAUAAUCAGGUCUUACAGGAGCAGCUUACAUCCACACAACCACCAGUAGUGCCUCAGCCAGAGCAGCCAACAGAAGUCCCUGGGUCAAGGACAGUGAACUAUGAUUCCCAUCCUGAAUGGAUUGCUGGCAACAAUGCCAGACACAGCUCUGAUGAUUCAGAUAUAACUAGUCUUAUGGAAGCAAUGGACAAAGAUUUUGACCACUCAGAAGCCCCUAUUACAGAUGUGUUUACAGAACAACCACCAUCACCAGCAGCAAAAAAUAAAGGAAAAGGAAAAAUACUUCAGCAUAAAGUUAAAUUUCAAAAGAAACAAGAAGAAAAAGAGAGGAGAGGAAAGGGCAAACCACAUGAAGAUGAUUUGAAAGAUUCACUUGCUGAUGAUGACAGCUCUUCCACUACUACAGAAACAUCUAAUCCAGACACUGAGCCACUUCUGAAGGAGGAGACCGAUAAGCAAAAGGGAAAACAAGCCAUACAAGAAAAGGUAGAUAAUGAUGUGUUUAAAAUAAAACAGAAGAGCAAAAAGGUUGUGAACAGCAAAAAAGAAACAAUGACAGAAGUUAAGCCAAGCUCUCUGGAGUUGCCAUAUACCACCCCACUGGAAAACAAGCAACGUAAAAACUUCUCUAAGAUUACUGUGCAGCAUAGCUUAGUAAAUGGCUCUAAAACAAGAAACCUGCAGAAAACCAGAGGUACGAAUAAGUUAGCGGACAGCAGGCAGUCAAUGCUGGCGAAAUAUCUCCCUAGUCGUCCUAGUCAGGAACUAGGAAACACCAGCAGCUCAGAAGGAGAAAAAGAUUCCCCACCCCCUGAGUGGGACUCAGUGCCAAUUCACAAAGUAGGCAGCUCAGCAGACAGUCUUUAUAAGCUCUCAGUACAAACUCUCAAUGCAGAUGACUUCUUAAAGCAACGACAGACCUCACCGGCUCCUACCUCUCCCUCUCCACCCCCAACACUAGGGUUUGUGCCAAGAGGUAGCUACAGCAGCAUUGUGAACAGUUCAAGCAAUCUCGAUAUGAAAAAUCAUUCUGCUGGUACCAAACACAAGCUGACUAAAGCAGCCUCCUUGCCUGGAAAGAAUGGCAACCCCACGUUUGCUGCAGUUGCUGCAGGAUAUGAUAAGAACCCAGGUGGUUGCAGUUUAGCAAAAACAUCUAUUGCUAAACCUGAUGUUCCUGGCUCGAGCAUUGGCAUGUCGCAUACUCCCUCCCUUGACAGUGAUGGCUCAGAUAGUUCUGGCCUUUGGAGUCCAAUCAGCAGUCCUGACUUUGUUUCACUGAAUUCCUUCUCUGCUUUUGGACCCAGCAAUUCUUUCAACUUAACUGGAGAGGUUUUUAGCAAACUUCCAUUUGCACGACCAGCCUAUGCACAUGACCCUCAAAAGAAAUGGGUUGACAAUGAACCAGCUUCCUCCAUUUGGGAUUCUCCUGCCACCGACCCAGUGCCUACAUGGCUAACGAGCACAGGGUCCCCCACCCAUUCUACAGCAUCUAUCCUUGGAAACACCGGAAGUCUGUGGUCUACAACCACUCCCUUCAGUAGUUCUAUAUGGUCAAACAAUCCGAACAGUACCCUUCCAUACACCACUCCAGCCAAUACACUGCCUGGUAUUGACCUCAUGGGAGGUGAGAGCACUUGCUCUACUGCCAAUGCCCCUUCAACUGCUGCUUCCCAUAGCCCUGACAGUAUGGGAGGACAGACGUAUGAUCCUUGGAGAAUAUGGAGUCCCACUAUUGGAAGGCGAAGCUCUGAUCCUUGGCCAAGCUCCCAUUAUCCACCUGAGAACUAGGGAAAACGGAACCAAGUGAAUCAUUACAAAAUCCAGCAUUUUUUUUUUCUUGGUAAACAACAUUUUGUUGUCUUGGCUUUUUUUUUUUUUUUUAUGCCAACCCUAAAUGAUAAAGCAAAUAAUUUGACGUUAAACUCUCCUGCCAUACCCCAUUAACGUUCAUGUUUUAUGUUCAUGGGUUCUGUCUGCUCUAAGUUUAAAAAAAAAAAAGAACAAAAACAAUUCAGAUGGACAGAAACCUAUUGAAAGUUCUACAAAUAUCACUAGCAGCUGAUUUGGAAUUUUUCCACAACAUCUUUAUUUAUUUAUUUUAUCACACGUGCCACAUAAUUCCCUGAAUAAAAACAAAAUAAAGGUUUUCUGUUGUGUAACAGUACGUUUAAUAAGACAUAUCAUUCCCCAGUAUUAUGUUUAUAAAAUACCAAAAUGGCAAUUUAUGCUAAAAACAUUGAGUAUUUUUUAAGGCAGAUCUGUUUAUUUGUCAACCAAGAUGAACAAAAUGCUAUAAACAGCACAGAGGAUUUAAUGCAAAGCAUUCCUUGUGGCUGUACAGCUCUUCUUUUUGUGUUCUAGGUAAUGCACCGGAAUGCAUUUUUAAUGUUAAUUUGAAUUGCUUAAUCUUGUGAAGAAAAAACAAGAUUUAUUAAGAAAAUCAUACAACUUUGAGUUGUACUUUAAAAUAAAAAAAAAGUUUUUUUUCAAUAAAA